AUGGUUUACAUGUUGGGAAGUUACUGGCUUUCAGAGAGGAAUCAAAAGCUUCCUCGCCUCACCGUGUCCCUUCGCCUCGUCUCAUCCUGUCCCUUCGCUUCACCCUCUCCCUCCCUUCGCUUCACCCUCUCCCUCCCUUCGCUUCACCCUCUCCCUCCCUUCGCAUCACCCUCUCCCUCCCUUCGCUUCACCCUCUCCCUCCCUUCGAUUCAACCUCUCCCUACCUUCGCUUCACCCUCUCCCUCCCUUCGCUUCACCCUCUCCCUCCCUUCGCUUCACCCUCUCCCUCCCUUCGCAUCACCCUCUCCCUCCCUUCGCUUCACCCUCUCCCUCCCUUCGCUUCAACCUCUCCCUCCCUUCGAUUCACCCUCUCCCUCCCUUCGCUUCACCCUCUCCCUCCCUUCGCUUCACCCUCUCCCUCCCUUCAAUUCAACCUCUCCCUACCUUCGCUUCACCCUCUCCCUCCCUUCGCUUCACCCUCUCCCUCCCUUCGCUUCAACCUCUCCCUCCCUUCGAUUCACCCUCUCCCUCCCUUCGCUUCACCCUCUCCCUCCCUUCGCUUCACCCUCUCCCUCCCUUCAAUUCAACCUCUCCCUACCUUCGCUUCACCCUCUCCCUCCCUUCGCUUCACCCUCUCCCUCCCUUCGCUUCACCCUCUCCCUCCCUUCGCUUCACCCUCUCCCUCCCUUCGCUUCACCCUCUCCCUCCCUUCGCUUCACCCUCUCCCUCCUUUCGAUUCAACCUCUCCCUACCUUCGCUUCACCCUCUCCCUCCCUUCUCUUCAACCUCUCCCUCCCUUCGCUUCAACAUCUCCCUACCUUCGCUUCACCCUCUCCCUCCCCUUCGCUUCACCCUCUCCCUCCCUUCGCUUCACCCUCUCCCUCCCUUCGCUUCACCCUCUCCCUCCCUUCGCUUCACCCUCUCCCUCCCUUCGCUUCACCCUCUCCCUCCCUUCGAUUCAACCUCUCCCUACCUUCGCUUCACCCUCUCCCUCCCUUCGCUUCAACCUCUCCCUCCCUUCGCUUCAACAUCUCCCUACCUUCGCUUCACCCUCUCCCUCCCUUCGCUUCACCCUCUCCCUCCCUUCGCUUCACCCUCUCCCUCCCUUCAAUUCAACCUCUCCCUACCUUCGCUUCACCCUCUCCCUCCCUUCGCUUCACCCUCUCCCUCCCUUUGCUUCACCCUCUCCCUCCCUUCGCUUCACCCUCUCCCUCCCUUCGCUUCACCCUCUCCCUCCCUUCGCUUCACCCUCUCCCUCCUUUCGAUUCAACAUCUCCCUACCUUCGCUUCACCCUCUCCCUCCCCUUCGCUUCACCCUCUCCCUCCCUUCGCUUCACCCUCUCCCUCCCUUCGCUUCACCCUCUCCCUCCCUUCGCUUCACCCUCUCCCUCCCUUCGAUUCAACCUCUCCCUACCUUCGCUUCACCCUCUCCCUCCCUUCGCUUCAACCUCUCCCUCCCUUCGCUUCAACAUCUCCCUACCUUCGCUUCACCCUCUCCCUCCCUUCGCUUCACCCUCUCCCUCCCUUCGCUUCACCCUCUCCCUCCCUUCAAUUCAACCUCUCCCUACCUUCGCUUCACCCUCUCCCUCCCUUCGCUUCACCCUCUCCCUCCCUUUGCUUCACCCUCUCCCUCCCUUCGCUUCACCCUCUCCCUCCCUUCGCUUCACCCUCUCCCUCCCUUCGCUUCACCCUCUCCCUCCUUUCGAUUCAACAUCUCCCUACCUUCGCUUCACCCUCUCCCUCCCCUUCGCUUCACCCUCUCCCUCCCUUCGCUUCACCCUCUCCCUCCCUUCGCUUCACCCUCUCCCUCCCUUCGCUUCACCCUCUCCCUCCCUUCGCUUCACCCUCUCCCUACCUUCGCUUCACCCUCUCCCUCCCUUCGCUUCAACCUCUCCCUCCCUUCGCUUCAACAUCUCCCUACCUUCGCUUCACCCUCUCCCUCCCUUCGCUUCACCCUCUCCCUCCCUUCGCUUCAACCUCUCCCUCCCUUCAAUUCAACCUCUCCCUACCUUCGCUUCACACUCUCCCUCCCUUCGCUUCACCCUCUCCCUCCCUUCGCUUCACCCUCUCCCUCCCUUCGCUUCACCCUCUCCCUCCCUUCGCUUCACCCUCUCCCUCCCUUCGCUUCACCCUCUCCCUCCUUUCGAUUCAACCUUUCCCUACCUUCGCUUCACCCUCUCCCUCCCUUCUCUUCAACCUCUCCCUCCCUUCGCUUCAACAUCUCCCUACCUUCGCUUCACCCUCUCCCUCCCCUUCGCUUCACCCUCUCCCUCCCUUCGCUUCACCCUCUCCCUCCCUUUGCUUCACCCUCUCCCUCCCUUCGCUUCACCCUCUCCCUCCCUUCGCUUCACCCUCUCCCUCCCUUCGCUUCACCCUCUCCCUCCCUUCGCUUCACCCUCUCCCUCCCUUCGCUUCACCCUCUCCCUCCCUUCGCUUCACCCUCUCCCUCCCUUCGCUUGA